CCUUGUUUUAGAAUUUAUUUUGUAGAAAAAAUCCCAUCCACACUAUGAAAUAUCCGAAUUCCGAGUUCUAGGCAAGAUUUCAAUAUGAUUUUGGGCAGAUUCGUAAGGUUCUUGGUCUUCGCCAGCACUAUCUACUUGGCCAAGGAAUUCGGCAGUUGGGAUGAGGUCGGUCAGCGAGUUGGCGCCGAGAGGCCGCCCACGGAUCUUCCAGUUCCAGCAGAUGACUUCAAGGAAAUCCCAACCCCCAAGGACCUAGGGUCGUCCAACACCGAACGACUGUUUUUUGACGAGGAGGAUAAGCGGAGGCUGAAACGAGCUCAAGAGGAUUUGGAGAAGAAGUUGUGCCAGCCACCCCUGUGCGAACCGAAGCCGAAACCAUUUAAGGAAAGUGUCACUGACGCCCUAUACGACACCUGGCUAGCUCUCAAGAAGAUUCCCGACUACUGGUCCCGGGCAGCGGCCGAUAUUCAGGAGAGCAUCUCUAAAUUCUUCGAUGGAGGGAACAAAUAGGCAACAAUCGGAUCGGAUUUUAGUUUUAAUUCAAAAUUAAGUUGUUAAAAAAACAUUAACAAAACAAAUUUAAAAACAAAAUAUAUAUUUUUUUAACUGAA